AUGAAGAUUUCAAGUGGUCUCGCCCUUGCAGGUGCUGCGCAAACAUGGGCGGCUGUUACCCCAAGGCCUAUGGUGUCUGAAGCCAUCCAGGCUGAGAUCAAGACGGAGAAGCUCAUGGGCAACCUCGAAGCUUUUGACGACAUAGCCAAAGCAAAUGGUGGAAACCGAGCUUUCGGUCUGCCUGGUUAUGCAGCAUCUGUCGACUACAUGCUGGCAAAAACCCAAAACACGCAUUUCAAGACAUGGACACAGGACUUCCCCGCCCUGUUCAACCAAAUCAGCUCCAUCUCAUUCAGUGUGAGCAACACUUCAUACCGCGUCAUCGGGUUAUCCUACUCGCCAUCCACAACAUCAGAAGGCUUGACUCUCCCGCUCGUCCUAGGUGCCUCGGGCCCAGAAGGUUGCACCAACGAAGCCUACGAGAACCUCGACGUUGCCGGCAAGAUCGUCCUCGUACAACGAGGAUCCUGUCCCGACGGAACCACACUGGCCGGACGCAUGAAGCCCGCCGCAGCCGCUGGCGCCUCCGCAGUCAUCAUCUACGCCAGCGACACAGCAAACGUAACCGGCGGCACGCUCUCCAACCCCAACCCAGCCUACGUAUCAACCGGCUACAUCAACCUCUCCGACGCGGAACCUCUCGUCGCCCGCCUCCAAGCCGGCGAAGCCGUAACCGCCUACUUCCAGCAAACGCAAACCGUCGAAACCCGUAUCACGCAAAACGUCUUCACCGAGACAAAAGACGGCGACCCCACAAACGUAAUCAUGCUCGGCGCCCACCUCGACAGCGUGCAAGCCGGCGCAGGCAUCAACGACGACGGCAGCGGCAGCACGCUCAUCCUCGAAAUCGCAAAGGCCCUCCGCCGCUUCAACGUCAAAAACAAGGUCCGCUUCGCGUGGUGGGGCGCCGAAGAAAACGGCCUGCUAGGUUCGAAAUACUACACGCAAAACCUGCUCCCUAGCGAGGCAAACAACAUCCUAACCUAUCUCAACUUCGACAUGGUGUCGCGCGGUUACUUUGGCGUGUUUGAUGGCGACGGUAGCUCGUUCAAUCUCUCUGGUGCAGCUGGCUCAGCGGCGAUUGAACAGUUAUUCGUUAAGCACUUCGAAAAGGAAGGUGUACCAGUUACACCCGCGAGGUUCACCGGUGGCAGCGAUUACCAGAGUUUCAUGAACAUUGGUAAACCCGUUGGUGGACUACAUACCGGUACGGGGGUAGCGCAGGACCCAUGUUAUCACCAAGCUUGCGAUACCAUUGAUAACCCGAACCCGGAGACGUUGACGAUUAAUGCAAAGGCUGCGGCGCAUGUGCUUUCUAUCCUGGCUAUGAGGGGAGAAGAGAUUAUUCCCAAGAGCCCGGUUAAUACGAGUAUGGUUACGAAGAGUGGGAUUAUGGGUGUUGAGACUGUUUGGACGGUGCCGGAGGAGGGGGAGAUGCAUCUUGCGACUUGUGGACAUGAUGUUUAA